CGUCCCUAAGGUGCGUUGGUGUGUUGCUGCAGCAGUUGCGUUGACAUCAUGAUUGGCAUAUUCAUUAGAUCUCAGCAAAUUUAGCGCUUUAUAUUCGUUUGAAAAGUGCAUUUUACGGGUGUUUGUGAAACAGAGGACAACCAUCUCACCAACGAGCCCUCUACAAUGCCGAAAAAAUUUGGCACCAACACGAAGUCCGCCGAAGCGCGCGCUAAAAAGGAAGCAGUCAAGAUAGCUGAAAAGGAGAAGAAGGAAAAAGCAGCCGAGGAAGCCCUCUGGGCGGAUGAUGACAAGCACAUAGCCAGGAAACAACAGAGGAAGGAGGAGAGAGACAAGAAGAAAACUGAGCAGCUUGAGAAAAAGGCGGCAUUAAAGCAGAUGUACGAUGAAGAGAUGAACAGCAUAAAGUCCGUGAAAACAAGGGUUGAAAAAGUCACAAGAGCAGACAUUGCAGCCUUGGCCGAAAGGCAACAGAAAGCACAAAAAGACCCACAGGAGGUGCUGCUGCAUGAGAAGCCCUUAGAAGAAAAUGUCAACAGAGUCUUUGUAGAGAAUGAAGCACGGACGGUAGAAGAAGCGAUUGCUGUGCUAAGUGUGAACGAUGCACCAGUCGACAGGCAUCCCGAGAGGAGGGCCAAGGCAGCCUAUGACGCCUUCGAAAAGGCAAGGCUUCCCGAACUGAAGGCCGAGAACCCGAACCUGCGACUCUCCCAGCUGAAACAAAUGAUCCGCAAGGACUGGAUGAAGUCUCCCGAGAACCCCCUCAACCAGAUACAAGCUGCCAGAAAGUUCUGACUGCAGUAUGAGCCACAUCACUCAGUUGCACUUAGCUUGUCGGGAUGAAGGUGCAUGCUUCUUUUCUUCUCUUCAAGUAGGUGCAAGUGGCUCAGCAGUGAAACCGGUUUUGCUGAGAUGACAUCAUAAGUGUUGUGGUUCAGUCAUUGACCUCUGGUGUUUCUUGAGCACGUCCUCGGAACAGCUGUGUCAAACCCAAGCACAGUUGCUUUAUCAAAGUCUGGAAAGUUUCAUUUCUUUUCACUGGUGAAUUUGCCUUCUGUUGUGGCUGCUGCAGAGACAAUUUAGUGAGUGAAGAUAGUGCCCACGCACACUUGGAGAAUUCUCAUGGUGAAACUUGCGAAGCCGAACAUUAUGCUAUGCUCGGAUUGGUGAAAACAAACUCUGCUCUAGAGAAGCAAAAACCAUUGUGACUGGAUCCAAGUUGAGUUUAUAGUGCCACAAACUCUAGGAUUUCAUCCAUCAACAGGAUACUUUAGAGAAAGCAAUUUACUGCAGAGCAUAUUUAAAUUAAUAAGUAGGAAAUGUGAACCCAUCUUGAAUUUACCUCUGAAAUGAUAGUUAUUUAUCUCAUAGGGAACACCCAAUUACGAAUUUUAUUUCUUACUGACCUGUAGAACAUAUUAUCAACAGCAGAAAUAUAAGGUUUUCAGCCACUCCUUGAAAAUUCUGGCACCUAACUUAUGCGCACUUUUAUUCUUGUUAUGUAAUUUUUAUUAUACUGUGAUGACCUUGUCUUGCUUAGUUAUGUACAGUAACGAUGGUGGAAUCACUUGUGCAAUGUGUUCACUGUUUAGAGACUAUAAAGAGAUGGAAUGAUGUGUCCAGGAAAGAGCAGCAGCAGAUUUUCCAUCUGUUGCAUCAUUUAGCCCUUCGUGAAAUGGAUGUGAUGGAGAUAAAUAAAGGCAUGAGCACUGUGUGCUUUCCUUGCAAAACAUGA